AUGUCGCUCUCCUCACUAGCUCGCCAUCUUUCCUUCUCAAUCAAGCUCAAAACCCCAAAAAUCUCAACUUUGCACUUCGCUACUACUUCCUUAUUAGAGAAACUCAAUGCCCGUCUGCAAAGCAGUCCUAACAACAUAGAGAAAACCCUCAAUUCACUCGCACCUAUUAAACUUGACACCAAAUAUGUCAACGAUAUCAUACACAGAUGGUCCCUUAAUAACCUUCAAUUGGGUCUUAGGUUUUUUAUCUGGGCUGGUGAUCAACCAACGUAUAAGCAUAAUUUAUAUAUCUACAAUAAAGCUUGUAACUUGUUCAAGAUUAAGCAAAACCCACAAGUUAUUUUGGAUUUAAUUGAGGCUUAUAAGUUGGAGAAGUGUGUGGUUUGUGUUGACAUGUUUAAGGUUGUUUUGAGGUUGUGCAAAGCGGGUGGGCUCGCUAAUGAGGCUUUGAUGGUGUUAAAGAAAAUGCCUGAAUUUAACAUACGUCCAGAUACUGUUGCUUAUAAUCUUGUUAUUAGGUUGCUUUGUGAGAAGGGUGACAUGGAUAUGGCUAAAAAAUUGAUGGAGGAGAUGGGUUUGAUUGAUCUUUAUCCCAAUAUGAUAACGUAUGUCUCAAUGAUUAAAGGGUUUUGUAAUGUGGGUAGAUUGGAGGAGGCUUAUGCGUUGUUCUCGGCAAUGGAGAUAUGCGGUUGUUAUCCUAAUGUUGUGGCAUAUUCAGUGCUUCUUGAGGGGGUUUGUAGGUUGGGGACUGUGGAGAGGGCAAUUGAGUUGUUAGCGGAGAUGGAGAAGGAAGGUGGGGAAUGUCAUCCGAAUGUUAUUACUUACACCUCUGUGAUUCAGAGUUUUUGCGAGCAAGGCAGGACAAAGGAUGCACUGGCAGUUUGGGAGUUAAUGGAGAUCCGUGGGUGUGCUCUAAAUCGUGUCACUGCUAGUGCUUGGAUAAAUGGUCUUUGCAUGAACGGCCAGCUAGAGGAUGUGUAUAAGUUGAUCGAGAGAAUUGUUGUGGGAGGAAGUGUUUCGAUUGGUGAUUGCUAUAGUUCUCUUGUGGCGUGUUUGAUAAAGAUUAAGAAAGUGGAGGAAGCAGAGAAGAUCUUUAGGAGUGCUUUAGCUAGUGGGAUGAAGCUUGAUAGUUUGGCAUGCAGUAUGAUGAUUAGGGAGCUUUGUUUGGAGAAACGAGAGCUUGAUGGGCUUUGUUUAUAUGAAGAUAUUGAGAAAAUGGGAUGGUUGUCUUCCAUUGACAUUGAUAUAUAUUCCAUCCUUUUAGCUGGGCUUUGUCAAAAAAGCCAUUCAGCAGAAGCUGCAAGGCUUGCAAGGUCCAUGCUCAAAAAAGAAUUCCUCUCAGAGCUCCUUAUGUUGAAAGAAUUGUUGAACACCUGA